AUGCCGCGCCCCACGCGAUCACGUCGCGCUCCUGCCCGCGCUGCUGCAGCACCAGCCAAACCCGUGGAUGCGCCCGCACCCGCGCCCGCUUCCGAAAAGUCCAGCGACGAUAUCUACAGCCACAGCGACCGCGAGCACGAGCGUCUGAGGGCGGUUCGAUCAAACGUUACAGCGAGUGGGAAGAAGGCUCUGCAGAAGACGAGCCACGACCGCGACCUUGCCAUGCAGAGGUUGGCUGGCGAAGACAUGUCGACCUCUUCGGCAAAUGCAGUCGCGUCAUCAGAAGAUGCUCAGGUUGAACUUGGGAGGAAGGAACACGCGACGCCUGCCCAGCAGCGACGCGACCUGACGGGCUUGGAGCUGGACAGCGAGAUGUUCAACGCGCUCGACGAUAGUCUGGGUCUAGACGAGAGCGAGAUCCCCGGCAGCGUCACGGCCAGCGGCAACCGGUCAACAAAUACGUCGAGUCUGUUUGGAAUGGGCCACAAGCGUCGUGGCCGCACUCCCAGCAUCAGCCUUCAGGGCAAUGACGCACCAAUCCGACCGCCGAGCCGAGGUGUGGGCGCAACGCCAGUCAUAAGCUCUUCUUUCAACAUUGGCGCGUUCAAGAGGCGAGCACGGGAGCCAAGUAUUCUGGGGACUGCGCAGAAGGCGCGCGCACCGAGGCCUUCUGACGAUUCUUCGGAUGUCGACGAUGACCAAGAGGGGACGGGCGCCCAGGACGAAGAUGACGGAGAGGUGUUUGCGCCAGAGGCAGAGUCCACGCCAUUGAACCGGCGCGAGGUGCAGCAGUCGAUUGAGGAGGACCUCGGUCAGGAGCCCGAUGUCACAUCGAGCGUCAAGUCCCGCAAGCGCAAGAGCAUAGAAGCUCAGAACACGAGUGAUCGUCCCGAAAAGUCAUUGCGCCGCGACGAGCCAUCUGAAAGCAACGCUCCAGAGGACAUUGGCGGCGAGGCUGCAGAAAGCGAUGAUGAAUCAGACCUCAGCUCCCUGUCGUCUAUGGCCUCGCCAGUGCUCCCAGCAUUGGCCCGCCCAGUUACGCCCUUUGACGAAGAGAUCAUGGCACCGCCGAUGAGCAGCGGGUCAGAGGAUGAGCCAUGGCCAGAUAUCCACAACCUUGCCAAGCGACGCCGCCACCAUGCGCCCAUAACCCCCACUCGCGCUGGCGAUACUUCUGAUGCCUCAUGUCCCCCCUCUCUUACGCACUCACCCAAUUACCGAGAUGCGCGGCAAAGAAAAACGCAGAAGCAAGGAAAGGGCCAGAAAGCAUCUGCACAGGUGACAACUGCUGAUCUAGCCGGCCUGCUUCCCCGCCGUCGGCGACGGAAGGAAGAUGACGCAGGGUCGGACUCUGAGGUUGAUAACUCGGGCCUGGGCCAAGAUGACGAUGAGCUCUCAUACCUUGAUGCCAGGGCAUCUCGAAGACGCGCACGAACGACACCGCUCAAGCGUAGCUCAACCAACCGUCCUGCUUCACGUAGCACCAGAGCUGUCGCGACGACGGCAGGUGCCCCCGCUGCUCGCAGGCGGACAUAUGGCCGUCGAUCGUCAGACAAGGAGAACACAGAUGAUGAGGAAGAGGAGGGCAGUUUCAGCCCAGCACCCGACGACACGUUCGAUGCAACGCCCGAAGAAGGAGACGUUACUGGAGCCGACGAGUUGAAGAAUGCUGUGACCAAGUUCAAAGAAGUCGACAAAUGGGAGCUCGAGUUCGAGGAGUUGACUCAAAGCUCGUCUCCGAGCGGCGCGCGGUGA